AUGUCGCAAAUUGACCGACAUCGACAUUCUGUGAACUUUCUCAACAGACUGGACAGUUUGACGGACAGCAUGAAGGAGGCCCGGGAGGUCCCGGAGGAGAUGCAACUGACUUCGGACAAAGACACAUCCCAGCAGAAGCAAUUCAUGGCCGUGAAGCGUCCGGCCCUGUAUCGUGCAGUCAGCAAUGACGACCCUUCAACUCUGGCCUACCUGCUGCGAAAUCUGUCGCGUGAUCCGACUCUCAAGCUGGAUCGAAAAUCUAUCGUCUACGAAAUGGCAGAGACUGCGGUGAGCUGCGAUUCAAAGCUCUGCUUCGAAAAUCUUCUAGCAAAGGUUUUUGAUAGAGAUGGUGUAGUCUUGGACCAAGACUUGCUCAACCAAAUCAUCUCCAAAGAAGGCCAAAGAGAUGACAUUGAUGCUGAGGAAAAGACAUACAGCUUGUUCGAAUUCGCUUUUGAGCACAUCGUGCCUCGCCAGACGGAUGCUUUGUUUGCAAAGGACUAUUGUGAUCGGUCCAGUCUUCAUUACGGCGCAAUCUAUGGUCUCUUGCCCGUCUGCCAGUCUAUACUCAAUUGCGCCCAGGGCUUAGGGGGUGGCUAUGCGGCAAACCUGAUCCUGUCGUCAGACUCUCAUGGAUUUACGCCCUUCCACUAUGCCGUUAUCAAGAACCAUGUCGAUGUGGCGAAUAUUUUUUUGGAUGUUUUGCGCUUAGACAACAGGAGUGAUGAAGGGCUGUGCUGGGAAUUGGACGAUCUGUUGAUCAUCGCUCUCCGAUAUCAGCACGACGACAUGGUUUUCGCCCUCGUCCAUUCCAAUUUCGGUCCCAACAGCCGUUCUUUACAUGGUGAAACUGCCCUCUACAUUGCUUCUCAGAUUGGUCGUGAAGACUACGUGAAAAUGUUAUUGGAAAAUGACAGUGAAGCCGAUCUCAACACCCCUGAAACGACACAUGCAUGGACGCCAUUGUUCAUUGCCUGUAUUGAAGGCCACAAGUUAGUUGUUGACAUCUUGCUUCAAUACGAAGCAAAACAAGAUAUUCUCGACCACCUCGGCUGGAGUGCCAAGGAGCAUGCCGCGCUGAGAGGCCACCUUGAAGUGGCUGAAAUGCUGGAACCAUGGGAUCCCAACCAAACCAUCGACGGCCCUGCUAGUCUUCCACUAAAGCCGAUCCCUGAACCCACGACACCAAUCCCAUUGCACGCGCACCAUGUCAUUGUCAAUCUUGGUGUUCUUAGAAACGGCGACUCCACCGAAGCUGUUAGCUUCGAGGGCUCAUUGGCGACGACCUCUUCCUCCAUUGACAUGUCCAUGUCGAUAGAAGACCACACCAGUGAAAUUAUCAAGCUUCCCAUGCUGAGCGAUAGGGUGAAUGAGCCCUUCGUCUUCCCUGUUGCGAAGCCAAAUGAAGCACGUCUGGUCUUCAAGUUCUACACCUCGAAUCACUCAUACGAAGAGCGGAAGCUUGUUGGCAGUGCUGCAGCUCUGCUCGGCAAUGACAAGAAAUGCUUCGGCGAGAAUCGUGAGAGUCUUGUCAGAGAACGCACUGUUCCGAUUUUUGACAAGGCCACUAUGGAUAUUAUGGGAACUGUCACUUUUACAUGCAUCAUCGCGAAACCAUUGACAUCUUUGGAAAUUCCCCCUCUUACAAAGCAAGUCUUGGAGAAGGACGGUCUUCAAGUUGUUGGCCACAGAGGACUCGGUCAAAACACGGCCAAUCGAAACCAGCUUCAGCUGGGAGAAAAUACCAUUGAGUCAUUCCUUUCUGCCGCGAGGCUGGGUGCAUCAUACGUCGAGUUCGGUAAGAGUCCCAGCAUACCAAUUCUGCAACCUUCUAACAUGCCAGCAGAUGCCCAACUUACUAGAGACCUUGUGCCUAUCAUCUACCACGACUUCUCGCUGAGCGAAUCAGGCACCGACAUCCCUAUUCAUGAUCUCACAUUCGAGCAGUUCAUGUACGCGAGCAAGCUUCAAUCACCCAGAGGCAAACCCGCAUCAGUCCUUGGAAGACCACCACUCAGCUACUCCCAAAGGCCCCGAGAUAGGAUUCGUUCGCGCUCUGUAUCAAAGGACCGUGGUGAAACCCAGAACGUCAACGAGAGGAUGAAAUUCACCGUUGAUUUCCAAAACAAAGGAUUCAAGCCUAAUACCAGGAGGCAAUCUAUCCAAGACUCGUUCACGACUCUGGAAGAGCUGAUAUCGAAAUUACCGGACUCUAUAAGCUUCAACAUUGAGAUAAAAUAUCCCCGACUUCACGAAGCCGUCGAAGCCGGAGUCGCACCCGUAGCUCUCGAGAUCAACACAUUCAUCGAUCAGAUCCUCGACCGAGUCUUCAGAGCUAAGAGUGACCGAAAGAUUAUCCUCUCUUCCUUCUCGCCUGAGGUCUGCAUGCUUCUCACUACCAAGCAAAAUAUCUACCCUGUCAUGUUCAUCACCAAUGCAGGGAAGCUACCGGCCUCAGAUCUGGAUAUGAGAGCAAGUAGUCUUCAAGCUGCAGUGCGAUUCGCGAAGCGCUGGGAUUUAGCCGGUGUUGUCUUUGCCUCGGAGACUCUGAUUCUUUGCCCGAGACUUGUGGGUUAUGUGAAAAGAUCGGGACUGGUCUGUGGAUCAUACGGCACGUUGAAUAACGUUCCUGAGAAUUCAAAAGUGAGUUGGGUGAUUCUUUUCCUGGCUGCUGGUAUACAGCUUCUUAUGGUGGAUAAUGUUAGACUCAUUACUAUGGCCUUGGACGAGAAGCUUCAGCUUGACAUUUAG